AUGGCCAAGACAGCAGCGUGGUGCUUGGUGGUGCUGGCGGCGGUGGCGCUGGUAGCGGCGGAGGCAGACCCCGGCCGCCCCUACUAUAAGAGGCCCUACUCCUACAACCAGCAUGGCGGUCACGGCUCCGUUGGACACGGCUCCGUCGGCAUCGGCUCCGUAGGGUACAGCGGCCACUCUUCUCACGGGCACGGAGGUCACGGCGGCCGCGGCUCCGUCGGUAACCUUGGCGGGAAGCUCGGCGGCCACGGCUCUUUUGGGCACUUCGGCGUGAAGGGCGUGCACGGCGGCAAGCACUACCACCACCACCACUAG